CUUCUAGCGAAUCGCAACAAAACUACCGGAUCCUGCUUCCUCUACCCUAAUUAUUGCGUCGGCGAGAAACGGCGCAGUACUCCAUGGCGAGCGGCGACGGCGAACGUAGCUAUUGGCGAUGGAGCAAGGAAGAUUUCUUCCCGGAGCCGUCCUUCCGGAGUUGGACCGCGUAUGGAGAGGCGCUCUCCCACACUCGGCUCCGCCUCCGUAACCGCCUUUUGUACCGCUCCACCGACGCCGCCGAGCUUCUCGCCCUUCCCCGCCGCAGCGAGCACGAGUUGCGCCGCUGCCUAAACUGGUGGGACCUCGCCUGGCUCGGAUUCGGUGCCGUCGUUGGUACUGGAAUCUUCGUCCUCACUGGCCAGGAGGCUCGCUUCUCGGCCGGCCCCGCAAUCCCUCUCGCCUAUGCUGCCGCCGGCGCUUCUGCUCUUUUGUCCUCCCUCAUCUACGCCGAAUUCGCCUCUGACGUGCCCUCCGCUGGCGGCUCCUUCUCCUACCUCCGCAUCGAACUCGGCGAAUUUGUCGCUUACCUCGCCGCCGCCAACAUCCUCCUUGAGGCUAUCGUGGGCGCCGCCGGCCUAGCCCGCUCAUGGACCUCUUAUUUCGCCACCCUCCUAGGCCGCGACCCCGACGCCCUCCGCAUCCACGCCCCGGCUCUCGCCGCCGGUUUUGAUCUCCUCGAUCCGAUCGCCGUCGUCGUCCUCAUCGCCUGCUCCACCGUCGCAAUGUUCGGCACGCGCGGCACCUCCAUCCUCAACUGGCUCACCUCCCUUCUCAGUGUGGCCGUCAUCGGUUUCAUCAUCGCCGCGGGAUUCACCCACGCCGAUGCUUCCAAUCUCGCCCCUUUCUUUCCCAUGGGCGCCAAGGGAGUUUUACAGGCGGCAGCGGUGGUCUACUGGGCGUACACUGGAUUCGACAUGGUGGCCACCAUGGCGGAGGAGACCCGCAACCCAGCGCGCGACAUUCCCCUCGGCCUCGUCGGCUCCAUGUCCGCCAUUACCAUCGUGUACUGCGUGAUGGCCCUCGUGCUGGUGAUGAUGCAGCGGUACGACCAGCUCGACCCCAAUGCAGCCUACGCGGUGGCGUUUGAGGCGGUGGGGAUGCGGUGGGCCAAAUACCUGGUGGCGCUAGGCGCGCUUAAGGGGAUGACCACGGGGUUGCUCGUCGGCGCGCUAGGGCAGGGGAGGUACACCACCCAAAUCGCGCGCGCCCACAUGAUCCCGCCCUACUUUGCGCUCGUGCACCCGCGCACCGGCACGCCCGUCUACGCCACUAUCCUCGUCACCCUCUCCAGCGCCAUCAUCGCCUUGUUUUCCAGCCUCGACGUCCUCGCCAGCGUCUCCUCCAUCAGCACGCUCUUCAUCUUCGCGCUCGUGGCGCUCGCACUGCUCGUGAGGCGAUACUACGACAGGGAAUCCCCACAACAGCCGAGGGCGCACCUAGCCAAGCUGACGUUUUUUCUGACGGCCAUCGUGGGCUCGUCCGUCGCCGUGUCGACAUGCUGGAACACGAACCCGGACGGGUGGAUCGGGUUCGCGGUCACGGUGCCGCUGUGGUUCCUGAGCACUCUGGGGCUGGCGCUAUUGGUGCCGCAGCAGAGGACGCCGAAGCUGUGGCGGGUGCCACUGAUGCCCUGGCUGCCGUCGCUGUCGAUAGCAACCAAUGUGUUCUUAAUGGGGUCGCUGGGCUACGAGGCGUACGUAAGGUUCGGGAUCUGCACGGCAGCGAUGCUGGCGUACUACGUGCUCGUCGGCGUGCAUGCGACCUACGACGUCGCUCAGGAGGAGACGUCGUCGAACGGAGAUGAAAUUGCGCCAGGCUUCUGCCGUUAUGUUCUCAUUCAAUUGAGAUAGAAAGAUGGAUGAUGAGAAUUACAGGAUCAUGUGGAUGAGAUGAUAGGGAUGAGUCGCCCAGACAAUUACAGGAUCAUGUGGAUGAGAUGAUAGGGAUGAGUCGCCCAGACAAGGCGGUGCUCGCAUAGGAUGGGAACGGGGCGAAGAAAGCUUAUUCAGAUUUGGAGAACCAAGUCCAAUUCUUGAUAUAUUUAAAAAAGAAACACACCUUUUCCAUACCCCUUCUUCAAGAAGAAAAUAGGUUUAAAGACGAAAUCAUUGCUCAGCAACGUCACAUUAUUUAGUUCACCAAGGUGGAGUUGAUUCAGGUGCGAGCUUAUCUGGAGCAGGCAAGUCAAGCGGAACACUUUUGCCCGAGGUGCCGACCAACUACUGAUACUAGAAGAGAACUCUGAUUACUUAGAUGUCUCCAAUAUGAAAAUGAGAUUUCGAGGGGUGUCUCAUGUAUUUAUCAAAUAAAUGCAAA